GGUGGGAUUCGAACCCACGCCCCCGAAGAGACUGGAGCCUUAAUCCAGCGCCUUAGACCGCUCGGCCACACUACCUGYAAAUCACAGAUUAUGUGCAUGUAAUCCGGAACUCCAAUGAUCGCCUGUCAGUUUCCCUGUGUAUUGUAUGUGAUAUUUUUUGUUUAGUUCUUUAUUAAAGUUGUAGCAGUUUUGUCAAUAAAUAAAAUUUAAAAUUGUAGUGUUUUAAUUUGACCAGCGGGUGGCGGUGUGGCGCCAUCGACUCUUCGAUUAGAAUAGACAACGAAGAAGAAUUUGAGUGGCAGUGGGCGCCUUGUAGCUGCUCUGUUGYUUGUAUUCAAUACGACCAAAAGAUCAGCUGAGCCAUGAGUGAGUUCAGGAUCCACCAUGACGUGAACGAGCUGCUCAGCCUCCUGCAGGUGCGAGGAGGUGAUGGAGCGGAAGGAUACAUCGACUUACUGCAGAAACACAGAACUCCAUACGUCACCACCACAGUCUCUGCUCACAGUGCCAAGGUCAAAUUAGCAGAGUUCUCCAAAACACCUGAGGACUUCUUGAGGAAGUAUGAUGAGCUGAAGUCCAAAAAUGUUCGCAACCUCGAUCCUUUAGUGUAUCUGCUCUCCAAACUCUGUGAGGAUAAAGAGACGCUUCAGUUACUGCAGCAGAAUGCCAAAGAGAGAUCUGAGUCUUCAGCAAACACAAACUCGACCACGAGUUUCUCUCUGCCUCAAACCAGCACAAAGAUGUCCAUGCAGGAGCUGGAUGAGCUGCGGAAGAAGCUYGGCAAUGUGACGGCCAGCUCCAACGCUCCUCUGCCUGCUGAAGUCACAAGGAAGAUGCUACGAGACAAACACAAUAAGAAGAAUCCCACGCAGCCUAACCCCGUGUUUCCUAACUGGGUCUACGACCGCCCAGCUCUCAUCGGAGACUUCGUGACCAGCCCCGCCCUGGCAGCAGAUCCAGCUGUGGCCAUCGGCACGCUGCCGCUGCCGGCUCAGGAGCAGUUUGUGGUGGAGGACCUGCUUUUUGUUCUCAUCGGAGUCGACGGGCGAGACAUCACGGCUCAGCCUGUUCUGGGGAGGCAGAACCGCUCGUUUAUCGUUGAUACAACUCUGGACAUGUCUGUGAAAGAGCUGGUGAACAGAAUCUUACCUGUGGCAUCGUAUUACUCCACCAUAACAAGGUUCAUCGAGGAGAAGUCGUCCUUCGAGUAUGGCCAGGUGAACCACGCCCUCACGGCGGCGAUGAGGACUCUGAUGAAGGAGUACCUGAUCCUCAUCACUCAGCUGGAGCACCUCCAGCGGCAGGGCCUACUGUCUCUGCAGAAACUCUGGUUUUACAUCCAACCCACCAUGAGGACUAUGGAGAUUCUGGCGUCUAUCGCCUCCUCGUUGGACAAAGGGGACUGUAUGGGCGGGUCGACUCUCAGCCUUCUUCAUGAUCGGACCUUUAACUACACGGGUGACAGCCAGGCUCAGGAGCUCUGCCUUUACCUCACUAAAGCAGCCAGCGUGCCCUACUUUGAAAUUCUGGAGAAGUGGAUCUACAGAGGCAUCAUCAAGGAUCCGUACAGCGAGUUUAUGGUAGAGGAGCACGAGCUGCAGAAGGAGAAGAUUCAAGAGGACUACAACGACAAGUACUGGGACCAGAGGUACACCAUCGUCCAGCACCGGAUUCCCUCCUUUCUGCAGAAAAUGGCUGACAAAAUAUUAAGCACAGGGAAGUACCUGAACGUGGUGCGAGAGUGUGGCCGGGAUGUGACGUGUCCCGAUGCUAAGGAAGUUCUGUACACCCUGAAGGAGCGGGCCUACGUGGAGCAAAUAGAGAAGGCCUACAACUACGCCAGCAAGGUCCUCCUGGACUUCCUGAUGGAAGAGAAGGAGCUGGUGUCACGUCUCAGAUCAAUAAAGCACUACUUUCUGAUGGACAAAGGAGAUUUCUUCGUGCACUUCAUGGACCUGACAGAGGAGGAGCUGAAGAAGCCAGUGGAUGACAUCGUUCCUCCGAGACUUGAAGCUCUGCUGGAGCUGGCUCUGAGAAUGAGCACAGCCAACACGGACCCCUUCAAAGAUGAUCUGAAGAUCGACUUGAUGCCUCAUGAUGUCAUCACUCAGCUGCUGCGGGUUCUUGCCAUCGAGACCAAGCAGGAGAAGGCCAUCAUCAACGCUGAGCCGACGGACGUGGCACUCAGUGGGUUGGAGGCUUUCUCCUUCGACUACAUCGUCAAGUGGCCGCUGUCACUCAUCAUCAACAGGAAAGCGCUGACGAGGUACCAGAUGCUUUUCAGACACAUGUUUUACUGUAAACACGUGGAGCGGCUGCUUUGCAAUGUGUGGAUCAGCAACAAAGAUUCCAAGCAGUACUCCUUGUCUUCGGCUAAAUGGUUUGCAGCUGCGUUCGCCCUGCGCCAGCGGAUGCUGAACUUUGUGCAGAACAUCCAGUACUACAUGAUGUUCGAGGUGAUGGAGCCCACCUGGCACGUCAUGGAGAACAACCUGAAGACGGCUUCAAACAUCGACGACGUUCUCUGUCAUCACACCAGCUUCCUGGACAACUGUCUGAAGGACUGCAUGCUGACCAACCCUGAGCUCCUCAGGAUCUUCUCCAAACUCAUGUCCGUCUGCGUCAUGUUCACUAACUGCAUGCAGCGGUUCACUCAGAGCCUGAGGCUGGAGCGUCUCUCUCAGGAGCAGGAGACGGUGGGCGCACCUUCAGCUCCAAGCGAACAGCCCGAACAAUUGGAGAAGAAGAAGCCGACCACAAAGUUUUUAGCCGAACACACGGAGGGUCUUCAGUCCGACGCCGGCUUCGAAGCCACCAUCGGUAAGUUCGACAGCAACUUCAGCCUGCUGCUUCUGGACCUGCUGGACAAGCUGAGCAUCUACAGCACCAACGACUGCGAGCACAGCAUGAUCAGCAUCAUCUACAGGCUGGACUUUAACGGCUUCUACACAGAGCGGCUGGAGAGGAUGGCUGUAGAGCGCAAUCAGAAAGCUGCAGCGUAAAAAGUCAACGAAUAAACUGUUCAUCGAUCAAACGUCUCCUUGUCGCUCAGAAACAAGUCGACCUCCAUCACUCAGAGCAGCUUCUKUGUAUAUUCUGUUUUAUGAUGUGAAAUGUAGUCUUAAUGUGUGCAGAAUCAUUUCACCACUUCAGCUCUGAAACGAUAACUUAAGCAUGUACAGUCAAAAUGUGUUUUUUUUAUUAAAGAUCUUCCUGAACAGA